ACGUGACAACCGCACGCGCCAAUUGCUUCCCCGCGUGACGUCUGUAGCGAUUAACCUGAGUUCUGCUUAGGCUCCAAUAACCGGCAUCCUACUCGUUCAUCAUGGCAACUGCAGAGACCGAAGCGGAAAUACGGAACGAGCUCGAAGAGAUAAUCGAAGUCCUCGAAGCUGGGAAGGAAGCGAGCACAAGCGCAGAGCGCGAAGAGCUGCUUCAACGGCUUGUUUACCGCACGAAGUCUGCCACCGACAAUGUCCUGCACCCGCUUUUCACUAAGCGCGGAGUAUGUGCCCUCGGGCGCUGGGCCUUUGAGAACGGCGCGUCCAUUGAGUGGCGUACUGCCCUGAGAUGCCUCACCAAUGUGUUUCUCCGGUCGGCGCCAACGAGGCAGGUGUUUGUCGACGAGGGCUACGUGAAACAGACAAUUAGCCUGAUGAAGAAUGGCGACCCCGACGAUGAGUUACUCACUACCAGCAUUUUGCUUCACUGCUCAACGGGUACUAGUCUGGAUCUUGGUCCCAAUUUUGAGCAAGAUGACCUCGCGGGCAUUGUCAAUACGAACGUAUCACGUCACGUCAGAGCGACAACCCCUUCAUCCAGUGGUCUUUCAGCAUCCGGUACUGCGACACUCGCACUGCUGUCUACCCUGUCGCUACAUUACGAGUCACAAGCCUAUCGAUUCCUUGAAUCUCUAACCCCAAUCCUGGAAAUCCUUAAUAACGCCCCCAUGCUUUCGCCGCCCCUGCAGCCGCCUGUUUCAUCACUAGUCGCCUGUCUUGCCUCUAUCCCUAUUCAGGCGAGUCAAUCAUUUCCAGAGUCGGCCGUGGACAAGUUGGCAGACAUACUAGAAUCGGGCAUUCUGGCUUAUGGUACGGGGGGGGGGAGGGAGCUCAUGUCGCUGUUCAUUGCUCUACUUCGCUUGGCGCAAUCUGAAUCAGUGGCAGCUCAAUCACAGCUACGUGCACGCCUUCUACCAUCUGACCAAGACUGGGCAAAGCCACUUGGCCAGGGCGACUCUCUACCACACAAGCUCAUCCACCUUGCGACCACAUCGGCGGCGGCCGAGGUGCGCGGCAUUUCUAUGGUUGUGCUAUUUGAGCUGUCCAACAAAAAUGAGUCCGAAUUUGUGCGCAACGUGGGCCCCAGCAAUGCAGCCGAGUUCCUCGCUUCCAGAGGCCCCAGCUCUCAGAGAGAGAUUUGAGCGAGGAAAAGAAGACUGAAGAUGAUUCCGAAGCACAUCCGACCACUAGCCAGAGAGAAAACCUGGAGGUCCGGCCCCUUGCACCAGAGACGGCCGAUGGGGAGAAGGGGGUCAAAGUGGCGAGAUUACUUCUCUGGUUCGAGAGGUUUGUUGCCCUUCCAAGUUUCAUAUAUCUUCUCCAUGCUGAUGUUUGAUACAGGCUGAAGGCGCACAAAUCUUUCAAUGUUGAGAACCAGUAUCUCAGUUUGAACCCCGGU